AUGUCUGUUAGCCCACACACCAAGCGUGCAAAAUCAACUUCGACAUUUCCAGAUCGUCCUCCCACCACCUCGACGACUAACGAUAACAGGGUCAAGAUGAGUCACCGGAAGUUCGAAGCGCCUCGUCACGGCUCCCUUGCCUACCUCCCGCGCAAGCGCGCUGCCCGUCACCGUGGUAAGGUCAAGAGCUUCCCCAAGGAUGACGCCAAGAAGCCCGUCCACCUUACUGCCUCCAUGGGCUACAAGGCUGGUAUGACCACCGUCGUCCGUGACCUUGACCGUCCUGGUGCCAAGAUGCACAAGAAGGAGAUUGUCGAGGCCGUCACCGUCAUCGAGACCCCUCCUCUCGUUGCCGUCGGUGUCGUCGGUUACAUCGAGACUCCCCGUGGUCUCCGCUCUCUCACCACCGUCUGGGCUGAGCACCUGAGCGAUGAGGUCAAGCGUCGCUUCUACAAGAACUGGUACAAGUCCAAGAAGAAGGCCUUCACCAAGUACGCCAAGUCCCACGCCGAGAGCUCCGGUGCCUCCAUCACCCGCGAGCUUGAGCGCAUCCAGAAGUACUGCACUGUCGUCCGUGUCCUCGCCCACACCCAGAUCCGCCAGACUCCUAUCAAGCAGAAGAAGGCCCACCUUAUGGAGAUCCAGGUCAACGGUGGCUCCGUCUCCGACAAGGUUGACUUCGCCCGCAACCUCUUCGAGAAGACCAUCGAUAUCGAUUCCAUCUUCGAGAAGGACGAGAUGAUUGAUGUCAUCGCCGUCACCAAGGGUCACGGUUUCUCCGGUGUCACCUCCCGUUGGGGUACCACCAAGCUGCCCCGCAAGACUCACAAGGGUCUGCGCAAGGUCGCCUGUAUUGGUGCUUGGCACCCUAACCACGUCCAGUGGACUGUUGCCCGUGCCGGUCAGGACGGUUACCACCACCGUACCUCUUGCAACCACAAGGUCUUCCGCAUUGGAAAGGGUACUGAUGAGGGUAACGCCUCCACCGAGUUCGACAUCUCCAAGAAGCAGAUCACCCCCAUGGGUGGUUUCGUCCACUACGGUGAGGUCAAGAACGACUUCGUCAUGGUCAAGGGCUCCGUUCCCGGUGUCAAGAAGCGUGUUAUGACUCUGCGCAAGACUCUGUACCCCCAGACUUCCCGCAGGGCCACCGAGAAGGUUGAGCUUAAGUGGAUCGAUACCUCCUCCAAGUUCGGUCACGGUGCUUUCCAGACCUUCGAGGAGAAGAAGGCCUUCAUGGGUACCCUCAAGAAGGACCUUGUGGAGACUGUUUAA